AUGGAACGUUGUAGUGAUUUAUUUUUCUUACCAUUUAUGAAUAAAACUUUCAAAUCAUCUACAAUUAAUACUAAUUCGAACAGUGUAAACAAUAUUCAUGAAAAAAAAAAUUUUAAAUUUAUUCAACAAUUAUCGCAAUUUUUAACAAAUAGUUUAAUGAUGAUUGAAAUCUAUUCGAAAUCUAUUCAAAAUCAAUUAAAUGGUCAUGUUGAUUCAUAUCGAAAUCUUUGGAAAAAUUUGAAUAUGGAAGACGGACGAUCAUUAGAUGAAGUUGAUUUAUUUUCGGAAAAAUUACUUGUACUCGGUCGUCGUAUAACUGGAAAUUAUCGUCGAUUUGUUUAUCUUAUUCGUUAUCAAAUGAAACGAGGUCGAUCUAUAAUAUUUUCAUUUUUGCAUGCUCAAAAUCGUUUUCGUUCAAUAAUAUGGCGUUUUACUCGAAAAAUUCGAAUGAAUCGAAUGAAUGAAAACCUUAAUGAUCGUAAACGAUAUGGAUUAGUAACAUCAAAAGAACGACGUAUUCAUCAUUAUUUAGAGAUGAUAAUGCUUUAUGCAGCUAAACAUCCAUGGGUGAGAUGGGGACAACCACGAUUUAAUCAAGCAUCUGAAUCACAGGUUGAAAGAUCAUUAAAAUUUAUUCGUCCAACGUUCUUUCUUUCAUCCAAUAAUACUUCAGAUUGUAGCGGAUCUGAAGAUAACCUUAGAGAUCAAUCUUUUAAUAUUUUUCAAUCGACACCAUAUCGAAAAACACGUAAAUGUUCUAAUGUAAUCCAAUCUAAAGCACAAAUUGAAGACGUUUUAUCAAAUAUUUCCUCGUCAUUAUCAAGUACACCUGAAGAAAGUUUUGAUGUUAAGGAUAUUCUUCGACAAGUUGGCUUACAGACCCAUCAACCGUCAGAUACUUGUAGUUCAAUAGAUCAAGAUGAUGAAAAUCGAGUUAUUGAACAAGCAUUAAAUGAAAUGGAUGAUAAUGAACAACAACAGCAAGCAGUUUCUGUAUUUGAUCUUUCUCCUAUGCUUGCUAGUGGUUGUGCUGUGUGA